CACCACCCACCAUGGCCCGCCCUCCGCGCCGCAAGAACCCGGAGCCGCCCGCGUCGUCGGUGUCGCCCUCGGUGGCGGAGGAGCAGCGCCGCCGCUCCCCGGGCCCGUCUCCUGCCCCUGGCCGCGCUCUGCCCUCCCCGCCUCCCUCUCCCCCACCCGCGGCCAAGCCCGCUCCGUCUGCCGGCGCUGCCGGUGACAAGAACUCGGCCUCUGCCUAAGGGCAUGCCUUUCCCGGUCCUUUUUUUUUCUUUUCGACUACAGGUCGUCCGGUUCUGCCGGCGCUCUCGACGUCCGCCCUUCGGGGUUUUUGGUGCUG